GCGACGGAAAAGUGUGGAGAGUGGGAAGUUUGAUGGUGUUUUGUGUUUUGACGCCUGGUAUUGGGGAGAUUGGGGUCCGUAGCCUUGCUAAUUAAGCUUUUUUUUUUGCGUGGGUUGUGCUGAUGUAAGUCCGGUUUGUGUGGGGGGCGAAGAUCGGACCCAGCCAGACGAGGCGCUGUGGAUUCCUUUCGCCGAUCGAGAGAACGCGACUCGUCUUUUGCCCUGUACACCGAUAAUUCCUUCUGAGGGCUAGAUUUAAGCACAGGCGCCGACUUUGUAAGAAUUCUGUUGUUUGCGGAGGAUGGUAAAACCGGGUCUUGCCACCUUUGUCGUUCCCGCCCGGCCCUUAUAUGGACGGCUUGUCCUCGAACUGGAAGAAGUUCUACGCCAGAUAUUGCCAUACCGACAAGCAAGCAACAUGCCUGACAGCGACAAGGCCAAUCUGGCUCGCAUCCGCGACAACCAAAGGCGGUCCCGAGCGCGCAGGAAGGAGUACCUCCAGGAACUCGAAGGCCGGCUCCGGCAAUGCGAACUCACGGGCGUCGAAGCCAGCUCCGAGAUCCAGGGCGCGGCACGCAAAGUAAUCGAAGAGAACCGGCGUUUACGUCUGCUCCUUGCCCAACAUGGCUUGAGCCCCGACGAUGCUAGCGAUGACGAUGGCAGCCAGCAGUGGUCGGGGAAUACACCGAGAAGCGAUGAUGUGCAGGCCCUAGAGACACUGCUCAACAGUCGCAGAUGGCAUUGCGGCGAGACGGAGGGGUCGCCGCCAGAGACGAGGCCGGCGUCGACGAUGCCCGGUGAACAGAAUAUCGAUAUGGUCGCUAGCCCGCUGGCGGCACAGGCGCCGUGGAUGCCGUCGCCGGAGAGCAUGGAGGACCAGGGAGCGGAACAGCUCGAGAACCCGGGUCUGGGCCUGAAUACAUUACAAACGGGAUCGUCGCCGGAUGACAUUCAGUGCCAAGGACUUCAAAAACUAGGAAGAGAAUCUCACCCUUGUACGCCGGUAUCUUCGUACAGCUUCUCAAAUCAGUGCUGUGGAGGAAAUAGCCGCACUUCAAAUCCGAGAGAGCAACAGGCGCCACUUCAACAGCAGCCUCAGCUACAGCCUGGAGGGCUGCUCGGGGCAAUCAAUAUGUUGGGUCCUAUGUUGACUCAUGAGGAACAAAGAAAAGCCUUCGAAAUCGCAGAGCAGGCCCAUUUUGACCCGAACCAAUACCGCUACCUCCAGCAACUACCCCCUCUCUAUGAUCCUUCCAAAGCUCUCUACAACCCAUCCAUGUCUGUAUACCAGCAACCCCAACCUCGACAAAUUCAGCUUCCAGUACGACCUGAGCCUUCAUUCCAAACACCACCAUACGUUAUCGGUCCCCCUAGAAGUACGCCAAGUGCCCAGACCAUUGGGACGAAUAGCUGCAUCUAUGCCACCGACUUGAUUACCGCGAUGGCAACCGACGCUCUGCCAUCCGAUGUCCGAACCGACCUUGGAUGUUCACCACAAUGCAACACGGAUUGCGAAGUGAGCAACCACGUCGUUUUCGAUGUCAUGGACCGGUACUCUGGUAUGGGACGUUGA